UUGGGCCGUGUUUGGUUCGCAAAGAGUCCGUAUUCCUGAAAUAAAAACUUUAAAACCCCUUCUCUUCCUCUUCUGUAACUCCGUCUUCCUCAGAUAACCGAAAAUGUCAGAUCAAUACUGGAGGUACAACGACUCACGGCAACCCCCCGCCGUUUCCUCACUCCCCGUUAAACGCCCUCGCUCCGAAUAUGAUGAUCCAUCUGGACGGGAUCUGGCUAGUUAUUAUUCUCGGGAGGAUGACAGGGUAACUCAGCGUGCAGUUAGAGAUACCGAGUCCAUAAAUGAAUCUUAUGAUCGAUAUCUACGUAAUGGGCAAAUUUAUCCUGGGGCAGACUCAGGCAGAUUACCUGCUUCUGGAAUAUCUAGUCAUGCUGACCCUCGCAUGGGAAAUGAUCCCCGAAUGGGAAAUGAUCCCCGAAUGGGAAAUGAUCCUCGAAUGGGAAAUGAUCCGCGCAUGUCUGGUGACCCGCGUAUGGUAAGCGAUCCACGAAUGAGUAGUGACCCUCGAAUGGCAAGUAUUGGAAUUAUGGACCCUGGAAUGUCAGUAAAGGGGCGGGGAUCCAACCUUGGAUCCGGAAGGUCUGAGGUUCCCCUUCCACCUGAUGCUAGCAGUACUCUGUAUGUGGAGGGCUUGCCUGCAAACUGUACGCGUAGGGAGGUGGCCCACAUUUUCCGCCCCUUUGUGGGCUACAAGGAAGUCAGGCUUGUGACCAAGGAAGCAAGACAUUCUGGGGGAGAUCCAAUUGUGCUGUGCUUUGUUGAUUUUUUGAGUCCUGCACAUGCUGCAACAGCGUUGGAUGCCUUACAAGGUGGUCAAUAGGGAGUUUGCCUGAUAUCUGUGUUUCAAGUUCUGAAACUUCUGUGGGUAUUCUAGUAUAAGAGCGCGGCUGUGUGCGAGAAUUUUGUUAUUCCGGCUACUUGAUCCUACCUUUAGCUUAGACCUGGUCAACUAUAGCCCGGCUUGAAAAAGUACGGAUUUGGGUAGCCUAAAAUAUGUUUUUAGACCAAAACCCCAGCCCGGCUGCAAAACCCAGACCAAAUUAAUGGAUUUGGGCAAGAUUUUUUGUGUUGAAGCCUGGCCCGACCCGACCCGAAAUUUGAUCACCUCUCCUUUAGCAUGGUUCUCUGGACGAGUGUUGGGGUAGCGAUCAGCUGGAAAUAGUUUGCUUUGAUGGAUAUACUCAUAUACGGAAUGCAACAUCUUGUAAAAUGGAUAUGAAUUUCCCAGAUCAGAAUUGUCGUGGUCUAGAACUGGAUUGUGUUGGUAAUUAGUUUAGGGGUGUCAAAUCGGGUCAUCGGAUCGGUUUCGGAUCGGUUAUAAACGGUUCGGGUCUUGUCGAAAUCGGAUAAUAUCGGGUUAAUGUUUCUAUCCGGGUCAAUUCGGAUCGGUUCGGAUAACUUCGGUUUCGGAUGAAGUCGGUUAAUAUGAUGUUACAAAUUUGUUAUUGAGUUCAUUCCUCUGCUUGACCUAUCUCACCAAUGUGAGAUUGACUUUGAAAUCAUGUUCAAAGUGUACCAAAAAUUAAAACAGAAAAAUGCUCGGAUGCACUUAACUUUACUACUUUAGGUACACCGAGAUGUAUAAUAGAUGUUCUUGAUGUAUUGCUCCAUUUCCACGUGAUUAUUACAUGUAUAAUUGCCAAACUUUUGCAAAAAUGCAAUGUACCUAUCUCAGAGUUUGUAGAUUGUUAUGUAGAAAACUUUUCCGUAGAC